AUGACUAAAAAUCGGGAUAUGGUUUGCUGCGGUUCUGAGAAUGAUGAUAGUCAACAUUCAUCAUCAUUCCUCCAACAAAUCUCAAAAGACGAUCCAAGUCUAAUAUCAACUUCAACUGUACCUUCAAAAGUGCAUCAAUCAUCAAAAACUCAAAAAACAACAGGGUUGAUCCAGCGUUCUCAUUCAGAACCGAAUCAAGCUUCUUCACCAUCUCACUCAGCUUCCCUUGAUUUUCAUUCUCAGCCAACUAUUCAAUGUGAUAGGAAAAGAUCAAAGAAUAAUGGCUUAUCUCCAUCUAAACUUCCGAUUCCUUCUGCUUCGAAGAUCAAGAAAUUUCGUUUGACAAAACGGCCAACUGGAACACCAAAACAGAGAACUCAACGCAAAAGGAAAUCGAUGAAACUUGGUGAUUAUCAUGGAAAUAGCGAUGGAAUAAUGUACUCCAAAGUGUUGAAGUUGGCUCCCGAGUUGCGGAGAGAUUAUGAACUGGAACGAGACGUUGGUAGUUAUUAUUAUUAUUAUUAUUUAUUCACGCAUGCUCGAUACGUGAAGGUUAAUCAAUUGAAAAUAGAAUACAAAAAAAAUAAAAAAUACAAUAAAAAGAGGAGGGGAAGUCAGAAGUCAAGUUCAGAAAUGUCAGAAUCCGUGUUUCUUCUAGGGCUUUUGAUUUACUAUUUUAUUCAGCACUCUGUUUGUAAAAAAUAA